AUGAAGUACGCUUCUUUUGUAAUGGCUAAAAAGACGAUUUCUGACUUUGGCCGUAACUGUUAUUUCAGGUUGUAUUUAGAGAGAGGAACAGCAGCGCAGAAGAAUCGAUGGAGCAGACGAAAGCCACAUCGAAGCAUUACAAGCAGGCUUUGGAGGAGUACAAGCAGUUUGUCAAGGAUGGGGACGAGGAGGACUGGGACAAGUGCAUUGACAAAACGGGAUGUUACGUCGAGAAUAUGGCGUUGCAGCUCUGCCAUGCCGAUACAGGGGACUGGCGCCAGUGCCUGGGAGAGAUGGAGCUAUUCAAGAAGUGCUGGGAAGAGAAGGGCAACAGGGAACGGGUGCAUACAGUCGAUAGAUAAGGGCUUACUGGUGUGA